AUGGACAAAAACAUCGAAAUGAUGCACCGGAAACGGGCCAAGGAUGUUGAUCAGGGCCUCCCUGUGUCAGCAUCCAAUUGGGCGGAGGUAGCUACCGACGAAAUUGGCGAAGUCGCAGCUCAAAACUACACCUCUACUACACACGACCGAAAGACGCUAUCCUUCUCUCAGUUGACACCUAAGGAUCGCCAGCGAUUUCUUGUUCUCGUGCUGCUCUAUCUGCUCCAGGGUAUCCCUCUUGGUCUCGCUAUGGGUAGUGUUCCCUAUCUGCUGAAGGAACAUCUGUCUUAUGGUGAAAUCGGAAUCUUCUCCCUAGCCUCCUACCCCUACUCGCUAAAGUUGCUGUGGAGUCCAAUUGUCGAUGCCUGCUACAACAAGUCGUUUGGACGGAGAAAGUCGUGGAUUGUACCAAUCCAGGCUGUCUCUGGACUCGUGCUGAUCUGGCUGGGGACCUUCAUUGAGAAACUCAUUAUGGGAGGGAUCAAUGAACCUGGGUCCCAGCCCGUGGAAAAGAACUUGUUCAGAAUCACACUCUUCUUCCUUCUGCUGGUGUUCCUUUGUGCCACCCAAGAUAUUGCUGUGGACGGAUGGGCUCUGACUCUGUUGUCGAAGGAGGCUCUUUCCUACGCUUCUACUGCCCAGACUAUCGGUCUCAACACUGGCUAUUUUACCUCUUUCACUGUGUUUCUGGCUUUCAAUGGUCCUGAUCUAGCCAACAAGUACUGGCGAUCUGUGCCCUCAGCUGACCCUCCCAUCUCUCUGUCUGGAUACCUCACUCUCUGGGGACUCAUCUACCUGGCUGUGACAGUUUGUGUCGCCCUUUUCCAGAAGGAAGACCGAGAAAAGCACGACGACGACUCCCUAGUUACGAUCUACCGGACCAUGAUGAAGGUGCUCAAGCUUCCCAACAUCCAGAUCUUUAUUCUUGUCCAUUUUCUGUCAAAGAUUGGUUUCCAGGCCAACGAGGCAGUCACCAACUUGAAGUUGCUCGAGAAGGGAUUCUCCAAGGGCGAGCUCGCAUUGACGGUUCUUAUCGACUUCCCCUUUCAAAUUAUCUUUGGGUACUACGGAGGCAAGUGGUCCACUGGUAAAGAACCCCUCAAGCCCUGGAUGAUGGCAUUUGUAGGCCGUCUGGGAUGUGGAGUACUUGCCAUGCUCGUGGUCUACAUGUUCCCUACUGAGCGAGCCAAGUCCGGAGAAGGUAUUGGAUUUGGAUACUUCAUGGUCGUCAUCAUCAUGCAUGUUCUCAACUCCUUCCUCAGCACCAUCCAGUUCAUCUCUAUUACUGCCUUCCAUACCCAGAUUGCUGACCCUGUCAUCGGAGGCACCUACAUGACCACCCUUAACACAAUUUCCAACCUGGGCGGUCUCUGGCCAAAGAUUAUUGUUCUCAAGGCUGUCGACUGGUUCACAUCCGCCACCUGUACACCCAAGGCUGGCAAGACCUUCGCUGCCUUCUCAUGUGUGGCCAAGGAGGCCAAGAACAUGUGUGAGCAGAGUGGAGGUAUCUGCACCAUCCAAACCGAUGGCUACUACAUCACCUCGAUGCUGUGCAUCACCAUUGGAGCCACGCUGUUCUUUGGAUGGAUUUACAAGAAAAUGCGCUUCCUUGAGUCGCUCCCUAUUUCAAGCUGGAGAGUUUGA